AUGGUAGACAGAGUGAAAGGCACCGCUGUACGAAAUAUAAAAUAUGACAACUUUGUGCAUUGGCUUCGUGACAACGAUUUUCCUGAGCCAAAAUUGACUUUAGCCAACUUUACAAAUACGGGUCGUGGUAUGAUGGCCACCGACGAUAUUGAAGCUGGCGAAGUUAUUCUUUCAGUUCCCAAAAAAUUUCUUAUAACCAACGAGAGCCUGUCCAAGCUAUACGGCGUCAAGCAUGGACUUUCAUCUCAGCAGCUCCUUGCUCUUCACCUUCUUCUCUUAAAAAAGCGACAGGAUAAAAGCGAAGAAUCCUGGUGGAAGUAUUAUAUAGAUUUAUUACCGGUUCACUUCGAUACUAUGCCUGUCAAAUAUAAUCAACAUCUGAUUGAGCACCUUCCUCAAUCAUUAAGAUUAGAAGUAGAGCAGCAAAAAGCAAAUAUUCAACGCGACUAUAUAGCAUGUGUAGACUUUUUAAAAUCAAGGCAUUCACAGUUGCCAGUGCAAACUCCAACAACGAUAGAAUCUGAAGAAUACGAAUGGGCAUGGCUUUGCGUCAACACGCGUUGUAUUCAUAUGACCAGAAAGAAUAAUAGACUCGAUAAAGGGAAUAUAGCAUUGGCACCCAUGCUUGACUUUCUCAAUCACACAACAGAAGCUAAGGUUAGUCUGCAAAAAGAUACAUUUAUUUCGUGCAUCACUUCUGAACGCCAACGCAACAUUUUACCCUAUCAGAUUCAGAGCGAAUUUAAUGCGAAAAAACAAAGCUUUGAGAUCAAAACGUUGACACCCUAUCGCAAAGGAGAGCAAGUGUUUAUUAAUUACGGCCCUCAUGAUAACCUUGCUUUACUGAAAGAAUACGGCUUUGUCAUACCAGAAAACAACUGUUACAAUUUUGUACAACUGGAUCACGAAAUAUGGAAUCUUUACAAUGAAGUAGAACCAACAAAACGAGGCAUCACGAUAAAAAAAGAGAUUUUAGAAGGAUCCGGAUACUAUGGCGACUACACUAUCACCGAAGAUGAGAUAUCGUUUCGUUUGUUGGCUGCAUUACGUUUAUUAGCUAUCAACGGAACAACAGAGCCAGGAUUUGACAGAAAAGUGAUGGACUGGCAUGAUGUUGUGAUGGGACAGGCGGAAAUGAUCAGCACCGAAAAUGAACGAAAAGCUUUGGUUAUGCUGCGAACUGUAUGCGAGAAGCUUUCCAAACAAGCAGAUACAGAACUUAGUAUACUUACUACAUUCAAUGAGGACUUCCCUGAUAUAGAGUCUCAUCCAUUUGCUUUGUUCUUCGUACGUCAUCUCUGGAAUGAAGCUAAAGAUAUUCUGCGCCACGCUUUGAUGUAUAUAACAGAAAAGUUGGCAGAGUUGUAA